AUGUGCAUCUGUGUAUUUUGUUUCUUUGAAUCAGCUCAAUUCGGAGAUCACAAACAAGAUUUCGGGUAUGUGACUGUGAGAGAAGGAGCACACAUGUUCUAUUGGAUGUACUACACCACCGCUAAUGUAGCGAAUCACACUGAGAGACCUCUCAUCGUUUGGCUGCAAGGUGGACCCGGUGGUUCCUCUACAGGCAUUGGUAACUUCGAAAUACUUGGUCCGCUUGAUGAGAAUUUGCAAGAAAGAAACUACACCUGGGUGAACAAUUUUAACGUCAUCUUCGUCGAUAACCCCGUUGGUACAGGUUUCAGCUACGUCGAUGAUCCUAUUUAUCUGACAACUACAAAUGAUCAAAUAGCCCUCGACUUUGUCGAAUUGAUGAAAGGGUUUUAUCGAUCUAAUCCUGAGUUCGAAGAAGUGCCACUUUAUAUUUACGGACAAUCAUACGGCGGAAAGAUGGCGAUUGACAUGGGUGUCCGAAUGCGCGAGGCUGAAAUUGCUGGAACAAUAAGAUCGAAUUUAAGAGGAAUAGCUAUGGGCAACGCUUGGAUAAGUCCAGUAGAUUCUACUCUCACUUGGGGACCGCUGCUGUUAGCUGCUGGUCUGGUUGACGAGGCUGGAUAUGAACUAAUACAAAAAACUGCACGAGAGGCUGAGCGGUUAUUCAAUGAGGGAUCAUAUUUCAGUUCAAGUCUCCAAUGGUCUGCGACUCAAAGGGCUGUUAACCAAGCAACGACUAGCGUGGACUUCUACAAUAUAUUAACUAAAACUCCAGUGCCCCAGACCUUUGAUAAUGAGAUAGAAAAACUCAUACUACCAGAUGGUUUUUAUGGAACAUCGAGAAGAUCAAGAAAUACUCUUAAUACCUUAAUGAACACGAGAGUGAAGGAAGCUCUUCGAAUUCCUACCAAUGUCACCUGGAGUGCGUCGUCAAACAGAGUGUUUAACGCACUCAGAACAGAUUUUAUGAAACCAGUGACCGAAAGCAAAUUGAAGGGAGAAAACAUAGGCAAUGUCAGCUAUACGGCAGCCUUUACAAGAGUGCGUGGCAAAGGUGACGUCUUCUGGUGGUUUUACCCAACCCUUGCGGAGUCUCCAACUAAAAGACCUCUAUUAUUAUGGUUCCACGGGGUUACAGGGCUCCCACCAAGCUUCCUUGCAAAUUUCGGCAUGUUCGGACCUUACGACGUGCAUCUCAAUAAAAGAAAUGAUUCGCUGGUAAAUGAUUAUAAUUUACUAUUUGUCGAUGGCUCAAUUGGGACCGGUUUCAGUACAGCCGAAUCAGAAGAUAGAGAUCUCCCAGGCCUAGAUGAACAUGUUGACAUUUUGUGGAGUAUGCUUCAAUCGUUUUACGAUGUACACAAUGAGUACAGGGAAUCCCCUAUUUACUUAUGUAGUAUGGGAGACGGAUCGCAAUUAGUUAUCCCUUUAGUUACAAAGUUGGCUAAGGAGGAUAAUGUGUCUGAUCAAGUAAAAGGAAUUAUUUUAGGCAAUCCAGUUAUUUCACCAGCUUUAGCGCUCACAAAACUGGGAUAUUAUUUGGAGGAACUCGCUUACAUCGAUGGGAAAGGUCGGAUAGAAAUCGAAAGUUUUUCAAACCUUACGUACUCGCUCGUUCAAUCAGAAUCUUUUGAACAGGCGUUUGAUCAGUUUUCAUCUCUAGACAAUUUUGUUAAUGAGAACGCCGGCGCAGUUAGCGUCAAUUUAAAUUAUAUUGUUGAAAAACUUAGACGCGAAUCAAAUAGAGAUUACUUCGGACAAAACAAUUACGUAAACAGAAUACUUGCUUUAAGUCAAAACGCUUCUGUCUUUAUGGAAACUGUAGUUAGACCAGCCCUGGGUAUUUCAAAUGAGAUAAGAUACGACGGGCAACGGGAAAAAGCUAUUCAAGCGUUUAAGAGCUCUUACAUGAAACCUAUUGUUCAUGGAGUCGAGCACAUCCUUAAUGAAACAAAUGUGAACAUAACUAUUUAUAACGGCAAUAUGGAUGCGGUUUCUAAUACUCCAGGUCAGUGGGAGUGGAUCCGAACUCUGAAAUGGCAAGGUCAAGAAGGAUUCCUAAAUCAGACAAGGAGGCCGUUGGCAUUGAACGGGCUGCUGGAAGGUCACUCUAAAAUAUCUGAUAGACUACGAUUCUAUUGGAUAAACGUAGCUGGACUUAUGGUUCCACUGGAAAAUCCUGUUGCUUUUAAGUCACUUUUGCAAUAUGCAACGUCGUGA